CGCCUCGGCAUUGGACGGGCCGUACCAAAGUAUUUCUCCGGUGUCACCAGGGCCGAGCUUUCUCAUAAAUAUAAUAACACAAAAUAUAUAUACACACAUAUAGACAAUGGUUGCUUGCCUUCUAUGCAGUGCCCCUGAUGUUUUAUCAAGAAGAAAAUUUUCAUCGGGUUUUAGAGCUCAGGAUGCCGUCGUGUUACUCCAAAAUUGCUCUAAUUUUAAGCAAAUGAAGCAAAUCCAUGCGAAAAUCAUUCGAAAUGGUCUCGAUAACGACCAGGUAAUCGUCACAAAGCUGCUUCGUCUUUGCUCCGAAUACAGGAAAAUCGAUUAUGCAGCGUUAUUGCUCCAUCAAACCCAAAAUCCAGAGACUUUCACCUGGAAUUUACUCAUUAGAGCAUACACUUCGAAUGGCUGUUCGUACAGGGCUAUUCAUCUCUACAAUCUCAUGAUAUGCCGUGGCGUGGCCCCCGAUAAGUUUACUUUCCCUUUUGUAACUAAGGCGUGUUUAGCUUGUUCUUUCGUUGGUAAAGCGAAAGAGGUGCAGGGAUUUGCUAUAAAAUCUGGGUUUUUUGGAGAUGUGUAUUUGGAGAACGUGUUGAUGGAUUUGUAUUUCAAGAACCAGUUUCCAGAUGAUGGCCUUAAGGUGUUUGAUAAAAUGCGAGGGAGGAAUGUCGUCUCGUGGACUACUGUAAUUGCUGGGCUUAUAUCUUGCGGGAGAAUGGAUGUUGCACAGAAGCUGUUCGAUAAAAUGCCCGUGAGAAACGUCGUUUCAUGGACAGCAAUGAUCAAUGGCUAUGCUAGAAGCGAAAAACCGGAGAAGGCUUUUGAAUUGUUUGCCAAGAUGCAGCUUGAGAAUGUACGGCCGAAUGAAUAUACGCUGGUUAGUCUAUUGAUUGCUUGCGCCGAACUGGGAAGCCUCAAAUUGGGGCAAUGGAUACACGACUUUGCAAUUAAGAACGGGUUUGAAAUUGGUGUUUUCCUCGGGACCGCUCUCAUUGACAUGUAUAGCAAAUGUGGUAGCCUGGACAAUGCAAAACGAGUGUUUGAUGAAAUGGAAACUAAGAGUUUAGCAACUUGGAACUCCAUGAUCACUAGUCUUGGAGUUCACGGGUGUGGUGAAGAAGCACUAGCUCUAUUCGCGAAGAUGCAGAUGGAUAACAUUCAGCCGGAUGCAAUCACGUUGGUAGGUGUUUUAUGUGCUUGCCUACAAACAACUAACCCCGAAUCAGCCCUUGCGUACUUCAAUUACAUGACUGAACUUUACAGCAUCAUGCCGAGCUCGGAUCAGUAUACUUCAAUAGUUGAAAUAUAUUGCCGCUCAAACAAGGUUGUGGGUUCCUAGUCAAUUUGGUGUUUUCUAUACGAUACUGAGUACAAAAUUCUUGGCCAUAAUGCGAGCGUCCUGUGCAUUUAAAAUGAGUAUACAUGGAUAUGAUCGAAUAUGAUGCAUUUGGAUUAUGGAAGAUGUAGGGCAUGUUCUAUGAAAUUGUGUUCAAUGCAAGGGCUAGCAUUCAUGAUGACAGCAGCAUUGACUGGAAAAAUAGAGCCUUGAUGGAAUGCAUGGAUUUUUCUUCUGUUGUUCUUGAAAAAUUAUAAUAGAGGGGUAAGGUCGACUCAUAUCGAAGGCAACGAAGUCAAAAUCUUGUAUAUCAUCUAGUUCAUUACUAUGUAUCAAAUAUGUCCUUGUAGAUCGUUCAAAUACUUUAUGGGAAAUAGUCUGUCUUGUGUAUAUAACAGAUGCACAGUUCAUUUUCAUAGAUUUCGAGUUCCUCAAUAAAAUGUUAGUUUUCGACAAGGAAAUCCAUCUUGUUUUGACGUAUUAUAG